AUGGAUUCAUUCAAAGGAAGUCGUUUGAAUUCUAGUUUCAACACUCUUCCUGCGUCAUUACUGUCUUUCUUAAGCACUGUCACCGAAGAUAUCCCCUCAGACCUCUCGCGAGAGACUUCAUUCCUCACUAACACCAAUGAUCCUUACAGAAAGAUUGGUGCCGGUGCUUGUGGUGCCAUCUUUGCCCAAGACGGUCAGCCCUUCGUGAUCAAGCUAGCCAAGACCGACGACGAGCAGUUGUGGAACGACAAUUGUAUGCAUGCCUCUAUUGCCGACGAAUUUCGCAAUUGGAACUUUACAGGAGUCGUGAUACCGGCCUGCUACUACUUUGUCCCAAGAGGAGACCCUUACUUUGACCGGAAUCCCACGCUUGUAGAGGCAGCUGAACCAGUCUGCAACCUGCCCACAAGCGCCCUUGUUACCGAGCGGAUUUUCCCAUUACCCCUGGAGACUCGAAAUCUAUUGAUUGACAAGUAUUGCCCAGUGCAAUGCAAACAGGCCGCACGUGAUGACGGGGCAAAUAGAGACUGCCUGGUGCGAGUCUAUCUCGGUUCAAUGCAAGGAAGACAGGGGCGCUAUUUCUCGCUACGAAACUUCAAGUUGCACCUGAAUCAGAUGGUGGAGCUUCAUCUGGAUGUCAAAUUAAUGGCUGGAAGAAUGGCCAUUGCUCUGGCAAUCAUGCAUUGGGCUGCCAAAACUGAUGCUCGGGAUGUGGAAUUUGCUCUGGGAAGCUCGUCGAAAAAGAUUGCACACGGUUUAAGCGGCCGGGAGAUGAGAACUCUCAGGUGGCCGACAUAUACUGGGCCGUCAUCCUACGUCCACGAAGACUUCUUUACUCGAACCACCGACCUUUGGCUCCUAGACUUUAAUCAAGUUCAGCCGAUCACGAUGGACCAAGACGGCGUUUCAAAGGCUGUUGAAGCCAUCAAGCUCAACGAUCCGUAUUUCCCUCGACCGCUGCAAGAGUCGAGGAUUGAGAAGAUCUUGUGGAACGAGUUUGCCGAGCAGUACCUUAUUACGGCUCAUAAAAUUCUGAGAGAAGAGGACGAUAGUCAGAGAACAUUGUCACUUCCGGGUAUGUUUAUUAGUGGACUGAUCGAUCUCGAGAGAAGGAAGCAGCAGAAGCAGCGUUAG